ACAGCGGAGAGCCCGGAAAUAAAGAUGAAGGCGUGCUGUACUUGUGGCGGCUGAGUAGGACACUUGGAGACUGUUCAAUCAUAAACUUUAGAAACAAAAGGCGAAAUGUCGACUCUUUCCGUAUUUAUAGAAACCCCCACUGUCCCGCUGAGCCCGAAAACAACAUUAUUGGCGGCGUACACAACAGAUAAGAACUUUAAUAAGGUGUACCUCGGUGCGAAAGAGUACCUUACAGAGGAUGGACGGUGCUAUAUGUUUCCUUUUAUUUGGAAGAUCAAGCUGCGGAUGGCAGAUGACCCCACGCUGACCUCCAGAUAUCUGCCCAUCUCAGGUUUCCCAGAAUUCACUAGAAGUGCGACAGAGCUGGCACUAGGACAAGACAGUCCAGCCAUCAUUGAAAACAGGGCAGGAGCAAUACAGACAGUGGGCAGAAGUGGGGCAGUUCGUCUGGGGGCGGAGCUCCUACGUCAGUGGUACAAUGUGAACAUGGCCUGGUGUGGGCCAGUCUACCUCUCCUCUCCCUGUGAAGAUUCCCUGGCUAACACCUUCCGUGCAGCAGGGAUCACAGAUGUGCGUCAUUACCAUUACUGGGAUCCAGAGAAGCAGAACUUGGCAGUGGAGAAGCUCCUGGAAGAUCUAGAAAAGGCUCCAGAGCUGGCAGUCAUUGUCCUCUCUGCCUCGGCACACUGCCCUACUGGAACAGACCCCUCCCAGGACCAGUGGAAGCUGAUUGCUCAAGUGAUGAUGAAGCGCAGGCUCUUCCCCUUCUUUCUACUGCCAGCUCAGGGGCUGUGCAGCGGGGAUCCUGCCCAGGACUCUUGGCCCCUGCGUCAUUUUGUCUCCCUUGGACAGGAACUGUUCUGUGCCCAGUCCUUCUCUCACAACUUUGGGCUCUAUGGAGAGCGAACUGGGUGCCUCCUGUUCGUCCUGAAGGAAAGUACCACUUUGUUGGCCGUCCAAUCACAAGCAGAGAACAUGGUUCGCACACUGUGGUCCCACCCACCUGGAAUAGGAGCUCGUGUGGUCACCACAGUACUCAAUAACCCCGCCCAUCUGGCAGAAUGGCAGGAGGGCUUAAAGAGAAUCGUGGAGCAAGGUAUGCUGGUUAGGGAGAGGCUGCGAGAGAAACUGAGGGUGCUGGGAACUCCAGGGUGCUGGGAUCACCUGACACAGCAGGCUGGGAUGUACUGUUACACUGGGCUGACUGGUAAACAGGUAGACUUCUUGGCAAAGAAAAAGCAUGUCUACCUUCCAGCUGAUGGCUGCCUGAACAUUAGUGCCCUAAACAGUCGAAAUCUGGACUAUGUAGCUGAAUCAAUACACCAGGCCGUGACUUGUAACCUCUGACCUCAGGAACA